ACAGUUUUACCGGCGCAUCAACAUGUUCUCUCGUCUAAGCUCGGUCACUCGGCUUGUAGGAAGAAACGUUCGCUGCAAAACGAUCUUCACCGCGCAACAACAGUGCGGCUCCCACGCACUUCGCCGUAGACUCGCGCUCCCGUUCGGGGGCCGCUCUGCAGCCGUACGAUCGACAUAUUCCGACUCCAGCAGUUCCACUCCAUCCUCUUCCAACGGAGAUGACAAUUCUCCGUCGUCUUCUUCAGGAGACGCCGAAACGGGAGAUGGCGGCGACUCCCAACCGAAUGUGACGGUCACCCUGUCGGCGGGUCAGACCAAACACCUCAAGGAUCAAUAUCGCUGGAACUACCGUCGCUCCUACACUCCCGGAGACUUGAGACAAGCAGCUCAAAACGACGAGCCUGUGUAUUUCAUGCUGACUCCACCGGACCAGCCUGACCCAGGUCUCCUCCAAGACUGCUACGUUGACACCAGUACUCUGCAGUGGCUCUAUGACCCACCCAUUGGAGUCGUUGGCGGUCAACUACCAGAACACAUGAACCUCUCGACUGUGUUGGUCCUCUACCAUCCCUCAUCACAACAAGCAGUGCAGAAGCAAGCAGAGUCUCCACUAUCGGCUCAGUUCAAUACAUUCAACCAUGACUACUACAUGUUUACCAGCUACGUCCUCCCGGCUGCUCAGCUGUCUAUUGCAUCUCAUCCCACCGGUGACAUGUACCCCGUGACAUUUAAGGUUACUCCCAGCCCAUCAGCCAUGUACUAUGAGUACAACAGCCAGACCCUGCGAUAUGCCUUCUUUGAGAUGAGGAACGGAGCCUCUGCACAAGAGAGGGUCUACCUGGCCCCCGUAUCUCCCUCACCCGAGACUAACAAUCGUCGCCUAAUUUGUGGAAAGCUUGUCCCGGAGGGGACUUCGACCCCAGACGAAUUCUUCACGUUUAUGGCUUUCAAAGCCAGCAUACAAAUCUACGUUCCUGACCUACCCACACUGUAGUGGAAUCAAGAACUGGACUAUAAUUAUAGUUAGAGUUUAGCGAUCUGUUUGACAGUUGAACAAGAUAAGGACAUGAAUACACUAAAUCUUACUGUGUGUGUGCUUAUGAGAUUCCUUUAGUCUACUAGACCUUGACCUAGCAAAUGCUCUGUAACAGUGUUGCUGUAUAGGCAUUUGCUUCACAAAUUACAUACAUCGUAUAUAAGACGUGUGCAAUAAUGUGUAGGUUUGGUUGUGUGUUUUUGUGUGUGCACCUGUAGCUACUCAGGUGUAGCUAUUCAUGUUAAUAAAGAAA